AUGGCCACAAGCGCGGAUGGCGCUUCCCAGGCCGACUCUCCCUCCAAUGCUCAGUCUUGGGAUGGCGACAAAAUGUUCAACAUAUAUAUUUACGAUUAUUGUCUAAAGCGUGGAUACACCAAGACAGCCGAAGCGUUGGUCCAUGAUGCCGCGAUCACUCCAGAUUCUCAACCACCCAUAAAUGCCAAACAGGGCCUGCUUUUCGAAUGGUGGAGCGUUUUCUGGGUUUUAUUCACAGCAAAGAGUAGUAUGUCGGGGCCGGAUGAUGCUAUGUUGUAUGUCCAGCACCAAUCACACCGACAACAACAAGCGCGAAUUUCCCAGCCACCACAGCCGCGUAUGCUCAGCGGCGUUCCCAGACCCGGACCUAAUCCACCCAACGGCCCUAUUCCGAACGGCGUUGCACCCAACGGAGUCGCUUCCACCCAAGGACCCAUGCCAAACGGCACCCAAUCCUCGUUUGCAGGCGCAUCCCAUAUGAAUGGGACCUCCGGACCUUCGGGUGUUCCAGGUGCGUCGGCACCCUCACAGCCCCCUGGUGCACAACAGGUGCAGCCAGGACAAAGACCGGUAGGUGUUCAACAGCGUGUCCCUCGCGAAGAUACACCAUACCGAUUAGCCGCCAUGCCGUAUUUAUCGCAGAACCCCAGCGCCCAAGGGCAGCAGCACAAUCCCGCAGCUGCAUUGGGUUCCAUAGGCAAUGCCCAACUCUCCAACCAGAUGAACAGUCGCGGGAUGUUACCCCCCAAUGCUCAUUCUAGUGCCCUGGGUCCCUCCCAUACACCACAACCUGGCUUUCAGCAGCCCCAUGGACGAUCGCCCAGUCAACCAAACUCUCCGGGUCCGAAUGGUAUGAUCCCAUCACCUAGUCCCUCCCUACAGGCGCGUGCAAUCCCCAAUAUGCACACAGGGGACAUACGGCUCGACACUCAGAUGUUGAACGAAAUUCUUCGUUUGCCUCAAGAAGCUCUGCAUCAACUUCGACAGGAGGCUGGUGUCGGUGAUAAGGAUUUGCCCUCACUCUCUGUAGAAGAGAAGCAACGGCUGAUUAAUGUCGCUAAACGAAAAGGGCAGCUGACGCCUUACAAGCAGGGACCUCUGGGACCACCUGGGCCAAGCAAUGCUGCUGCAGGCCCUUCGACCUCAAUUUCAGGCCCUCCAAAUCAGCAGCGGAACCCGCAAAUGCCUCCAGACUCGCAACAUCCACCGCAAGGCCAGCCACAGGGUCAAGCACAACAACAACAAAUACAGCAGCAACAGCAGCAACGCGGUAACAAGCGAAAUAGUGCUUCGCCAGGCCACGAACAAGAGCAGAUACCGAGGAAUGACGCCUCUCCUCCCGAUCGCAAGCGGCUGCGCGUUUCGUCAACAGCGGGAGAGCCUCCCCAGCAACCUCCUAUGACGCCAUUGGCCCCGGGUCCAUACCACGGACUACAACCUGGCGGUCCUGGAGGGCCGUCUCACAUGCCGCCAAAUGGGAUGAUGCGACCGAUGUUCCCUGGCCAUCAGGCUAUGCAAGGCAUGGGUAACAAUCCGGGCAUGAAUAUGGCCAUGUCGUCAGGGCUAGGUGGUCCGCAACAAAUGGGCAACACGAUGAGUCCGGGAAUGAUGAAUCACCCGCCGCCAAACGGUAUGAUGAACAACCAGCAGAUAUCACAGAUGCAGUAUCGACAAACCAUGCAUAAUUUGCACAAGAACAAUAUUCCACAUGGCGCAUUGAGCACUCUACUUCCCCCUGGUGUGACUGGUUCGCCUCCCGCAUUUGACAACGUCCUCAAUAUGGCUCACGGUUUGCGAACACCUGCAGGUCAAUACCCUCCUGGCGUUCCAGCUCCUCCCGGAGGCCCGCCAAACCGCAUGGGUCAGAACAAGCCUAUGGGGAAUAUGAUGCCACCGCCACCGUCACCAAGCAUGUCCGCCCCUAAGAACAUGGCUGGUCCGAACAAGGAUGGCUCUGGCGGCGAUUCGUCGGCACCGAAUGGACGAGUGGACGCGUCGCCACAGAACGCUCCCGCGGGCGUGGGUCAAGGCCAGCCUCCUCCCAGCGGUGGUGCACCUGCAGGAACGUCGACUGCUCCACAUACCCCGAGUAACCAGCCUCCGGCAGGGAGCAUGCCGGCGCCCUCGCCGUCUGCGAUGAUGAAUAACUCGUCAACACCAUCUAUGGCUCCUAGCAUCCCACCGGGGCCGCCGGCGCCUGAUUUGGGCGCCUCGCUAUUUUCUUCAGCUGAUUUCUCUAUGGGGCCUGGGCUGGACGAGUUCUCGUUCGGGCAAGACGGCGGUGGUGCGCUGAAUUUUGAGGAGGACUUCCGAGAAUGGUUCAGCUCCGACAGCGUCACAGGCGUAGAGUGA